UUUCUUCUCUCUUGACUCACGCUGACCACAUCCGAAUGGUUGUAGAUUAGAUGUGGGGGAAUAAGAAAUCUGCGCCGCUAGCUAGCAUUUACACAGCUGCUGCCAGCGAGUGUAACAGCCGGGGGAGACGCGCGUUGCCCGGCUUACGAGACAACAGAAGUGUCGGAGGAUUCUCGCCACUUUAAGGACAGAGUUUACACUGCACGACCACCGCUGGCAAAGUCCCUUUUUCGCUCGCUAUCCGACGACAAUGCCCUCGCCUAAAUAGCUGCCGUGGAGGUCGAGGAUGGCCGCGGACGUGGAUAAAACAUCCCCCGAGGAUGGGAGCAAAAAUUCGCCGCAGCGCGGGCACCAGAGUCCCGGCUCUGGAUCCUGGAUCUCCAAGGGGCUGUGGACUCUGCUCCUGGUCGGUGCCGUCCCCCUUCUCGCCUUCGGGAUCAAGUAUUACCAAGAUGCCCAGUUCAUCAAACGUCAUGAAGAGAGCGUUCGCACUCUGGGUGCCGAGGGGCUUUUUCUCUUCUCCUCCCUGGACACCGACCACGAUCUCUAUCUCAGCCCGGAGGAGUUUAAACCUAUUGCUGAGAAACUCACAGGAAUAACACCCCCGGUGGAUUAUGAGGAGGAAGUGGCCCAUGACCCCAAUGGAGAGACUUUAACCUUGGAGGCCAAAAUGCAGCCUCUGCUGCUGGACUCUAUGACAAAGAGCAAGGAUGGUUUCCUCGGGGUGUCUCACAGCUCUCUGGGCGGGCUCCGGUCCUGGAAGAGCCCAGCGGUGCCUUCGUCUACCUUCUCCGCCAGCCAGUUCAGAGUCUUCUUGCCCCCCAAGAACAAGGUCGAGGUGGGGGACACGUGGUGGGUGAUUCCCAGCGAGCUCAACAUCUUCACCGGGUACCUGCCCAACAAUCGUUACCACCCUCCCUCGCCGAAGGGCAAAGAGGUUCUCAUCCACUCCAUGCUGAGUAUGUUCCACCCUCGGCCCUUCAUCAAAUCACGUUUCGCUCCUCAGGGCGCCGUCGCCUGCGUUCGUGCCAGCAACGACUUUUAUUAUGACAUCGUAUUCAGAAUUCAUGCUGAAUUCCAGCUCAAUGAUGUGCCAGACUUUCCCUUCUGGUUCACCCCGGGACAGUUCACCGGCAACAUCGUUCUGUCCAAAGACGCGUCUCACGUCCGCCACUUUCACCUCUACGUCCCCAAUGACAGGUCUCUGAAUGUGGACAUGGAGUGGCUGUACGGGGCCAGCGAGAGCAGCAACAUGGAGGUCGACAUCGGCUAUCUGCCACAGAUGGAGCUGCAGUCCACGGGCCCAUCCACUCCCUCCAUCAUCAUGGAUGAGGAGGGCAAUGUCAUCGACAGUCGAGACGGCGGCGGCGAGCCGAUCCAGUUCGUCUUCGAGGACAUCCACUGGACAUCAGAACUCAGUCGGCAAGAAGCCACUCGACGCCUCGACGUCACCUUCUACCCCUUCAAGAAGGUGUCCUACCUGCCUUUUUCAGAGGCCUUCGAGCGCGCUGAAGCAGAGAACAAACUGGUGCAUUCCAUUCUGCUUUGGGGAGCAUUAGACGACCAGUCCUGCUGAGGUUCGGGGCGAACUCUCCGGGAGACCGUCCUGGAAAGUUCGCCCGUCCUGGCGCUGCUCAACCAGAGCUUCAUAAGCAGCUGGUCUCUGGUCAGAGAGCUAGAGAACAUGCAGGCUAAUGAGCACAAUCACGAGUUGAGUGAAAAGGCCCGACUACACCUGGAGAACUACAACUUCCCUGUGGAGAUGAUGGUGGCAUUGCCCAAUGGAACGAUUGUCCACCACAUCAACGCCAACUUCUUCCUGGACCAGACGGCCAUGAAACCAGAGGAGGAAGGAGCGACUUUCAGCUUCUCCAGUGGCUUCGAGGACCCGUCCACGUCCACUUACAUCAGCUUCCUGAAGGAGGGGCUGGAGAAAGCCAAGGAGUACCUGGCACAGUAAUCUGCGUGGUGGGGGAAACGAGAGGAAUUUCCUCUGGGGUCCAAGAUAAGGAAAACCCUCCGAUAAUUACAGAGAGGCGCUUUCUUGUCAGUGUUGGCAGCUGAAAAAACGUCUUUGCCUUCUAUCCUCUUUGUAACUGUUUCUGUGGGCGUCUCUCUUGGUCAGAAAGUUUUAUAUCCAGUAUUUGUAUGGUGAGAGACUGUCCAUACAGAUGAAGUACAAAGAGGUAUUGCCUCUAAAACCUACUGUUACUGUCAGUAUAGUAUAUUUUAAUGAGUUACAAAUGCUUUGCACACUGAGCAGUAAUGGUGACAUAUUCAGAUCUGCUCUCUCUGCUUGCAGCUGCUGUUGAUACCAUGUAGACACAGACCACUCCUCAAACUACUCCUGAAUGAAUCAUAGCACUGUAACUUGCUACAGUUUUUUUUUCUUUUUAUACCCUGGUAAUGCAUGUGCAAUAUUAAAACGACUGAGCGAGUUUUCAUGCCGCCGAGUGUGCCCAGAGACGGAGCCGGUGCAGCUGUUGCCUUUUCAGUUGUGUUUCAGCAGUUUGUGACGACUUUGCCUGAAAGCCCCCUCAGGGCCGGGCGACGCCUGAUGUCAUUGCUGAGGCUGCUGGAGGGAACACCCUCCUCCGACUCUGGGGACAACAGCGGCAGGGAAAAAAAAAACUGGACAGUGUAACUUUAAAACGGAUUUAUUCAGUUGUUUUCCUCUAUUUUGAGUUAAAGCCAAAUGCUGAAUAUUUUCCAGAUACUCUGUUUUGAGGACGAUGUGACCACACCAAAGAAUUUUGUUUUGAGUUUGUAGAGGAGAAAUAAAUCCAUAAGGGUUCCUUGCGGCUUGUUUAAUAUUUAUAUAUUGCAUAUUAAUAUGUAAGCAAAUGGUCAUAUGUCUGUAAAAUUGUUUGAUUGUUGAACUGAGAGGCACAUGAUACCAUGUACUGUUAUUCUCCUCUUUAAGGCUGCAGUUAAAUUAUGUUUGCUUUUGUCUUUGGGUAGAUGAGAGGAACUCCUUGACAUUUUAAUGGUCCCAUAUCAUCCCGAUUUCUUUAUUUUGCCAGUGCUGAUAUGUUUUCCUGUUGUCUGUCCCAUUCCUUUGAACAGGAUAUUUGAAGAACGCCUUGAAAACGUCUGUAAAUUUGGCACAAUUCUGUCCUGACAAGUCCUGACAAGUCCUAACGGCUCAUUUGAAGGCACAGUUUCCGUGUGCAUUUGUCUGUGGAUCGAGCCUCUUGAUAUUUAUUAAUGUAGCAACUAGACCUGCUUUAUAGUCAAAAAAGGACAUUGAAAUAUCAUUUUUUAACAAUAUGGGACCUUUAACAAAGAAAGGUGACUAACUGGACCUACACACACCUCAUUUUCACCCUUUUCCAAUCAUACAAACAGACGAGUUUCCUCUUCAGGCCUGUCUCUGUUUUUUAAGAGUGAAAUUGAAGAACACAGGGACCAAAAAUAUUUUUUAAAAAUAUGGUGAAAUCCAGUAAAUAACAGUAACAUUAUGUUGCAAAGUCAUACAUUGUCCACUCCAUGUCAUUAUGGGGAAAUUAUGAGUGCCAUUUUUUUUUUUUUUUCAAAAAAGGUGAAAUAAAAAUGUUUUGUUUUUGUGUUUUUUUACA